UAGUCUAUAAAUAGCAUGAUGCUCUUUUUCCUUUCUUCCCUCUGUCAUCUGUGGACAUAACAUCACGCAUAUUAUUUUCCUUCUCUUUCCCGUUUGAAACGCUGAUUUUCUCGCUUCCCAAACACCCAACCCAAUGGCCGAUCAACUCACCGACGAACAGAUCUCUGAGUUCAAGGAGGCCUUCAGCCUCUUCGACAAGGACGGCGAUGGUCUCAUUUCUCAGAAAAAAAAUGCUACAGGUUGUAUUACUACCAAGGAACUUGGGACUGUAAUGCGGUCACUUGGGCAAAACCCAACCGAGGCUGAGUUGCAGGACAUGAUAAAUGAGGUUGAUGCUGAUGGGAAUGGUACCAUUGAUUUCCCAGAAUUCCUCAACCUGAUGGCCCGCAAGAUGAAAGAUACUGAUUCAGAGGAGGAGCUUAAGGAAGCUUUUCGCGUGUUCGACAAGGAUCAGAACGGUUUCAUCUCUGCAGCUGAGCUCCGCCAUGUCAUGACCAAUCUUGGUGAGAAGCUGACAGAUGAAGAAGUUGAUGAGAUGAUUCGCGAGGCUGAUGUUGAUGGUGAUGGACAGAUCAACUAUGAGGAGUUUGUCAAAGUCAUGAUGGCUAAGUGAGGACCAUUCAACCAUAACCAAAAUUUGAAAAGCUUAUGAAAAGAAAAGGGACAGGGCUGAUAAGUUUUGAUGAGAAUUCUAUAUUUCAUUAGGACAUCUUCAUUUGGGGUCAUUAGUUUUUGUUGGUCGGGUUUGUUUGUUUUAUUGGUAUUGCUCAUUACUAUCCUACUUGUUUGCUCUGUCCCUUGUUUUUACUAGUUUGGAUUAGCUGGUCUCA